UUUAGUAAUUUAUAGUUUUAAUCGCUAGACCAACUUUUUUUUUUUGAGAAACAUCGCUAGACCAACUUCUUGUUGGUUUGAAUGGCAAUAUAUAUUGUGUUAUCAAAACAAUUCAUCCUCACUAAUAUUGGAAGAAACAUGAACAUACUUAUACCUUUCAUCGUCAUUUUAAUUUCAUUAUACAUGUAAGUUUUAAAAAUAUAUAUUAUCAUUUAUACAAAAUAAAUAUCUAAUUAUAAAAAAAAAUAUACACCCGCACAAGCUCUAGUAGAUAUUUAAAAGCUAAUGUAUAUAACAAAAAAUACACAACAGUCGAUGGAUAUUCGAACCAUCUAUAACACGAUCGAACUCGUGGGGGAGUAUCUUUAUAGUAAAAGCGAAAAGUGUUUUAUGGUUCCGUGUGAUGACAAUUAUAUAGCAGAAAGAAACUGGUCGGUACAGUCACAAACUCUGUUAAAAGUUGUCCGGUCAAAUCUUCUUUGGACUCAAAAGGACACGACACAAAGAGCAGCUUACGGCUCUUAAAACAAUGCACAUGUCUCCAUGUUAUCCUACUCGCUGUCUUAAUUAUUUCAUUUACAUUCUCUAAUCUACAUUUUGUACCCGUUUGAUGGGACAUUCCCUGAAUCUAUGGACUGCGCUCAAAGCACAACUACUUGGUUCUGUGAACCCUCUGUCUACACCUCUCUCUCUCUCAUCACCUAUAUAAGUAACCUGGAGCUUCAUUGAUGUACAUAUAGUAUUUUCUGACUGAGUUUGAACAUUAUCUCUAAAACUUCUACAAUCAUUUUGUUUUUUUUGUUUUGCAAAUUUGAGGAGAAAAUGGAAGGAAGGUCCUAUUUAGAUUGGAAUGAGAGUUCUUCAUCGUUAUUUGGAUCAGAGAAUCUGGAGGAAGAGUUAGAAGUGGUAACUGUGAGAACUGAAAAGGCUUUCUAUGGGAUUGCUCAGCCUCAGACACCAAGGGAGUCAAUGAAGUUUCUGUCCAGAUCAUGGAGUCUAUCCGCUUCUGAAAUCUCCAAAGCUCUAUCUCACAAACAGAGACAACAUCAGAGUCUGUCUACUGUUUCCCAUAACAGUCCUAAUGUCUUCUUCCAAGAUGCUGCUGCAAAUCCACUCAUGGCAGGGAAGAUCAUGAACUCAAGUGGCAAACGAAAAUCAGGGAGGUUAUCAAUGUGGUUUCACCAAAAGCAACACACCAACUCAAACACCAUGAGGAAUCCGAAGAGGAAAGACAAAGCACGUGUGGAGAGAGCCCAUGUCCACUCUGCUGUGUCCAUUGCAGCUCUGGCAGCUGGGUUAGCGUCUGUGAUAUCCGAGGGAAGCUGCGGUCAAGGGUCAGGCUCCAUGAUGACGCUGGCUCUAGCCUCAGCUACGGAGCUACUGGCUUCGCAUUGCAUUGAGAUGGCUGAGCAAGCAGGUGCUGAUCGUGAAUGUGUUGCUGCCACGGUUAGGUCUUCAAUUGAUAUACACAAACCUAGUGAUCUCACCACUCUCACAGCCGCAGCUGCAACUGCUUUGAGAGGAGAAGCGGCUUUGAAGGCGAGGCAGCCAAAGGAAGCAAGGAAGAACGCGACUAUUACACCUUGUGAGAGGAGCUUCUCUGACUCUAGCUGGACUGCAAAUUUUCAGUUUAGAUUUGAUGAACCAAAUCUUCCUUUAGAGGGGGAUUUGGUACAGUGUGCACAAAACGGAGCACAUCGACUUAAGCGAGUUUGUGUCUAUAUCAACAACAAGUCUCAGGUAAUGAUCAAACUCAAAAGCAAACACAUCGGAGGAACAUUCUCCAAAAAGAUCAAAUGCGUUGUUUAUGGAGUCUGCGACGAGAUAUCUGCAUGGCCUUACAGUAAAGAUAGAGAAGAAAACUCAGAAGAAGUCUAUUUUGGUCUUAAAACAGGACAGGGUCUUUUGGAGUUUAAGUGCAAGAGUAAGACUCAAAAGCAGAGAUGGGUUGCUGGGAUUCAGUCUACUCUCCGCCAAGUAACUUGUCUCGAGGCUGACAAAUGCUCUCUCGAAUCUUUGAGCCUCAGUGAUCGUAUGCGAUAG